AAACAGGAGAAUGGAAAUUAUGUUCCAGAUAUUAAAUCAAGUGACCUUCAGCUAUCAAAGAGGCUUCAUCCUUGUUUUAGUUAUAGAACAUGGAUCUACUCUUUGCUGAUGGGGACUUGCAUACUGGUUACCUCUGGAUUUUCACUUUAUUUGGGGAAUGUUUUUCCAUCUGAAAUGGAUUAGUUGCGCUGUGCAGCAGGUUCAUGUAUUCCCUCAGCAGCUGUGAGUUUUGCAAUAGCUAGAAACAAAGUUAAUGUGGUACCCAAUUUUCAGAUUCUAUUUGUUUCUACAUUUGCAAUUACAACAACAUGUUUAGUUUGGUUUGGAUGCAAACUUGUCCUGAACCCUACAGCAAUAAAUAUAAAUUUCAACGUGAUUCUCCUAAUUCUACUGGAAAUGUUCGUGGCAACUACUGUAACCAUUUCAGCUAGGUCUAAUGAGGAAUGCUGCAGGAGGAAGAAAACAACUGUGGAUGAUAGUACCAGCACAUUGAAUAAUGUCAGCUUUCCAACAUGUAUCCUAAGAUCCUAUUCAGUAAUUGAAGUGAUUAUUGGAAUUUCUGCUGUGUUCGGUGGAAUAAUCGCUUUGAAUAUGGAUGUGUUCGUCUCAGGCCCAUAUCUUUCAGUAACUUUCUUUUGGAUCAUAGUGGUUUGUUUUCCCAGUGCCACUGCAAGUCAUGUUGCUGCUGAAUAUCCAAGCAAAUGCUUGGAAGAAGUUCUGAUUGCCAUAAGCAGUGCUACAUCUCCAUUAUUACUCACGGCUUCAGGAUACUUGCCCUUCAGUAUAAUGCGCAUAGUUGACAUCUUUAAAAACUACCCACCAACGGUUCAAGUAUGUAUGUAUUUAGCGACUGAACGAAUCAUGUGUCUUGUCGGUGUAUUGUGA